AUGGACGGGUCCGGAACCAUGACUAUGGCCUCGGGAGCGGGACUACCCAGAUCGAAUGGAGCGGGGUUUGAAGAUUGGCUGUUCCCAGAAACGGAGUCUAGCGAUAGCUAUAUGGGAAAUGGCAGUGGAAGUGGUAUCAGUAAUGGUAACGGUAACGGCAACGUUAACGGUAAUGCUGAUCGAAUGAUGACAAUGAUGGAUGUAGAAAUGCCGUGGAACGUGAUCGGUGCUGGCGAGACACGUGACGCCGAUUCGUCGAGCGCGACUUCUUCGGCCGGGUCACCGCUGGACCAGUUUUCCACGUUGUUUGAUACGGCAGCGGCAGCGGCUCCGACUUCGGCUUCGGCUCCAGUUCCGGCGCCGGCGCCGGAACAGGUGGCCUCCGCGGAUGCAGAAGGUCUGGGUGUACGAGUCGCCAACAGUGGCCGGGAAUCGAGCUCCGAAACGCCGACCCCAGUCAAGUGCGAAGACACAGGCCUGCAGCAACUGCCGUUGGAAAGUCUAGACGGGUUCGCAGACCUCGAGCAGGCCGUUGGCCCCGACGCAGAGGCCCCAGGCAACGCGCUCGGUAGCUCCGGCAACCUGGCUGCACGGAAACGUCGCGCGCCUCGCAAACGGCUCACGGCGCACCAGAAAGAGGCGCACAACAAGAUCGAAAAACGCUACCGCAUAAACAUCAACACCAAGAUCUCCAAGCUGCAGCAGAUUAUACCGUGGGUCGCAUCUGAAGAAACCGCAUUCGACGCUGGCGACAGUAAAACCGCCAACAACGGCGUUUCUGCAGGUCCGUCGUCUUUGUCUAUGUCGUCGUCGUCGGCGUCCGCGUCGUCGUCGUCGUCAUCUUCUUCUUCGUGCAACUAUGGCGCUGAAACUGCGUGUUACGCUUCGGACCCUGCUUCCGCAGCGUCCGUGCGUCUCACGGACGCUACAACACCCAAACUCAACAAGAGCAUGAUUCUGGAAAAAGCCGUGGACUACAUCUUGUACCUGCAAAACAACGAGCGGUUGUACGAGAUGGAAGUGCUGCGUUUGAAGCGGGAACUAGAACGUGCACGCCGGGAAAAGGACCAAGAUUGA